AUGAGCGGUAUGACGAUGACACAGUCUACCGUUGCUGCGGAUUUGGAUGCAUAUGAGGAGGCUAUGUGGUUCACCAGCUCAUAUCUCAUUACCACUGCCUCUUGCGCCCCUCUAGUUGGUCGUCUAUCCACCAUCUUCACUCCUGGCAUCAUGAUUCUGUUCUCCUCAUUCUUCUUUGCUAUCGGGGCUAUCGUCGCAUCCCAGGCUCACUCAUUUGCCAUUUUCAUCCUCGGCAGGUGUCUGAUCGGUGUUGGCGGUGCUGGCAUCAUGACACUUUCUCUGAUUCUAGUGCUUCAGUUGACAACGAAGAGGCGGCGCGGCCUCUUCAUCGGAUUGGUCAAUGCGGGCUUCACAAUUGGUCUGUCAACCGGCGCCGUGGUAUUUGGCGCCUUGCUGCCUGCCAUGGGCUGGAGGGCACUAUUCUGGAUACAGUCUCCCAUUGGUAUCUUGGCAGGUAUCGGUGUCUACCUCAGCAUACCUGCAUUCGCAAGUACUAGUCCCACGAAAGACAAAAGUACUCUUCAGAAAUUGGCAGGAAUAGAUUACGCAGGGGCAAUUCUCCUAACGGCUACUCUAGUCAGCUUCCUCUACGGUCUUUCUGGAACCAUCCAGUUUUUGCCCAUUGCUCUCUCUUUACCGCUUCUCAUACUUUUCGUUGUCAAUGAGUAUUUUCUUGCGUCAGAUCCACUUAUUCCACUGAAGGUUCUCUCAAAUCGCGGUGUCCUCCUAUCAUGCUUGGCGCAGCUAGGUCUGAUGGCCUCUCGGUGGACAGUCCUCUUCUACGCCCCUAUCUUCGUCCUGGCUGUUCGCGGACUUUCUCCCGCCGUCGCCGGCUCCGUGUUGAUCCCGACUAACCUGGGUUUCGGAAGCGGCGGGCUGCUCGUAGGCUGGCUCCAUGUCCGCCGAGCAGGCUCGUUCUGGCUGCCUUGCCUGGUGUCGAUCUUCCUGUUCGGCGUGGCCCUCUUUGGUCUGUCAUUCACGAGCAAUGCCAGCACCCCCGCCUGGACAUACGUCGUGACCGUCUUCCUGAACGGCUUCUGCACGGGAGCCGCUCUCAACUAUACACUUGCACACUUGCUACAUCUCAGCGCUCCUGAGACGCAUUUUAUUGCCACUAGCCUGCUGGCUACCUUCCGUGGCUUUGCUGGAAGCUUCGGCACCGCGAUUGGCGGCGGGAUAUUUAUGAGGACGUUGCGCGAUAGCCUGACGAAAGGCUUCGAGGCAUUGGACGGCAGUGACGAGCUGAGCCCAGGGCGCGCGACCUUGAUCUCCAGGCUCAUUGGCAGCCCGGCCCUUGUCUUUAACGGAGAUCUGAACGCUGCCGAGAAGGUUGUGGCCAUUCAAGGCUACGAGGUGGCUCUGAGGGUGAUGUAUCAGGCUGCUGUCUGCCUUGUGGUGAUAGUUGUGUUUGUUCAAGCCGGCACAGGUUGGUCGGCGCCUGCUACAGAGGAAGAGGAGGAGGAGAUUAGGGAAGAGUUUGCCGAGCAUGACGGUCGCAUGGAGGCUUGA